AUGGCCCAUCACAUCAGUAAUGACCACGAUCCUGCCCACCUUGACCUUCCGCCUUUCGCCAAACCACUGGCUCCCUACAUCAAGAGCCGCCAGGAAGCUCUCCGCAUCCGACAAGCUCUGACCGUCCACCUCCGCUCGCAUAUCGUUUUCGCGGAUGACAAUCCUGACCAUCCGGACUUGCAUGCCCAAUCCCAUCUUUCCCUGUGUGCGCCGCAGGAAGCCGUCGUUGAUGUCAAGCGAAUACCGUCGGAGUUUACGGGUCUGAGGAAGGAAUACCUACAAGCGCUCAAGGCCAACGUCGAGGCAAAGAAAGCAUACCAAUCGAUAUCGGAAACUGUGCAGAACCCACCGGCCGGGGCAACUCCCUCGGAUCCUCCGUCGGAUCUACAAGCUUACUUGCGGCUGCUGCGCGACCGUCGCAAACAUGCGAAAUUGCAGGUCUUUCAGCAUUAUUUGCAGCAAUUGAAGACGCGAGACGUACCUACCCCGGAAGACUUUGAGGGCAACGAGAACCGAAAUCAAAAACACCUUGUGCUACCAGAAGAAUUCGGAGAGGGCCGACAAAAUGGGUCCCAAACAGGGGAGGGCGUUGAGGAGUUGGUACAUAAAUUAGAAAGGGCUGUGAUCCGAGCAAAGGCUCAAUUGGAUCGGGAGAAGAUGUUACUCGAGGAAUUGAAGGCCAAGCAACGCCCGCAGGAGGCGAUCUCACCGGCUGCGAGGAUUGUGGCUCUACAACGAACACGCGACGAGCUGGUGCAGUGGGUGGAGGAGAAGCUGGUGAGCGUCGGGAACGGCGAUGAAGGCCCUCUACAGGAACCGUCGGCCGACGAGAUCGAAGAGUCUGCACGUUUGCUCGAGGAGCAAAAGGCUCAGAUUGCGGAGCAGUAUGAUGCAUAUGUGGAAGCGCGUAAACGCCUCUUAGAUGCGGCAUCUAGAGCCUGUCAGCCUAUCGCAAAUGCGGCUCCCAGCCCUCCCGAGCGUGCCGUGGAGAACCUCCCACCUCCUGUCGAGGAGACGCCGUCCUUGGAUCCCCUGAAUGUACUGUCAUUCGCGAAUGACAUUCUGCUCCCGCUUUCGAAAAGUCAGCGUGCGCUUGCUACGCAGAAAUUCUAUUUGGCCGGAUUGCUUUCCAAAGAAAAGGCUACAGCCCUUCGGAUGCUUACCCGUUUACGUGAAGAGAGCCAUCUUCUUCCAGAAUAUCCUAUUCUCGCUCGGCAGCAACGUUUCAAAAACGCCGCGUCGGCCCUUAGUUCUCGACAAACCGCGCCUCCUAGUGAGCCGAGCAAACCAGACGAGGUCGUUGCUUUGGCCGAGGCGUGGGCAUUUGCAUCUGAGGCCGCCGGGACGAAUGAACGGGAAUAUGUGGAACAAAAAGUAGAAGAAGGCAGCGAGGCAGCCGAAGACGCGCAACGGGUGCUGCAGGAGGUGUACGGGAUUAUGAAACAAGACCUCGAAGAAACCCUCCGAGACCGCCAAGACGAGCCGGAAGAAGACAUCUGGGCGCAGGAGGCCCAAACCACCAGGUCCCGGGGACGACGAGGGACUCGAAGCGAGGGACGCGCUCAAGGACCAUGGUCGGGAUUGAAUGGCCGAGUGGGUUUGACAGAUCGAUAA